AUGGAUGGAUCCACUAGGGCGCGCUGUCGCGCGUGCGCGGCCUGCUUGCUCAAGCAGAACUGUGGCCAUUGCAGGGAGUGCCUCGAAAAGGUCGAGUUUGGUGGGAAGGGCCUCCGAAAGAAGAUUUGCCGCUCGCGCAAGUGCAUGAACAUGUCCGUCCAGCCGGCCAACUCAGCGCCGCCGCUCUUGGACCUUGAGCGCGGCGGCCCGAGCGAGCCCUUUCCCGCGCAGCCGCUCCUCGCAGGCCUCCCUACAGGCUACCCUCUGACGCAGUGCGUCCUCCCGCCGCUCGCGGCAGAGGAUGCGCUCCUCGCGCACAAAGUGGCCAUCCUCCGGGAGCUCACGAGCGCGCGCGGGGAGCUGCUGGGGAGCGCGCACCCGUGGGCGGCGAGAGCGAUUGGUGUGCCGGCGCGUCCUCUCGCACCGCCGCGUCUGCCGAGUGACUGUGCGGCGGAAGGAGGGGAUGGAGCGGUGGCGGGAGGGCAUGCGGCGCUGUCGUGGCCGAUGAAGGUGGUCAUCGACGAGAUGCGGCGCGCACUCGCUCCCACGCCGGCGCCGCUCGCUCCCGCCCCGGCGCCGCCACCCCCAGAAGGGGCGACGCCCCACUGCGGCAGCCCCUUCGACGAUUUGCUUCUCUCUGGCUCCGCGACACCGCCGCUGCUGCAGAAGCGCCCGACUCCGGGGGCAAGCGUGCCGCCGCCCUCCAUGCCGCCUUCGCCGCCGGCCAUGCGCAUCCCACUGCGUCUGGACGUGGCACAGUACAAGCCGGUCCAGCUGUCGCUCGCCCUCGCGGUGAUGUUCGCCGCUCGUCUCGCCGAGCUCGACACCACCAACCCCUCCGGCCUGCUCGCUGCCGCGGGCUUUGGAUUGCUGGCCCUCGCCAACCUGGCACAUGCCUCGCCUCGCUUUCUUGCGCGCGCGAUGACCCUGGUUCUCGUGUGCGCCCCGACUCUGCGUCUUGUCAGAGUCCUUGUCCGCUCGCCGGAAGCGAUGGCCCGUGACCUCGACAAGCUCGCAGGCAUUGGGCGUUGCGUAAUCACGAUGGCUACAGCGACCGGCGCCGCUUUCGGAGCUCUGCCACCCUCUGCCCUCCCUCCGACCCGCAAGCUACUCGCAGUGGGAUACUGCGCUUGCGCGUCGGCAUGCGUGAACGUGAUCCUUCGUGUCCGCACGGGCGACGAGCGCGCGCCCAACUUUCACCUGCUGCACAUCGUCCUCCCCUUCUUCGCGUCCUUCCUCGCGGCCCAUGCAGCUUCGCGCAGCAGCUUCGGGCAGAACGUGGCGCGGCAGAACGUGGCGCGGCGGGGCUACUCCACGCGGCUCGCCUGCGAUGAAUCUAGACAGAUGUGGAGCUCCCGCACCUGUUCUGACAGAGACCUCGCCGUUCUGACAGCGUUCUGA